GAGGAAUGCGCCGCCGAAAACUGAAGCGAAUGUGCCCAGGGCAAUAUAUUCGUUUUUGAUUGCCCGUCCAAAGAUAACGCUGUCGAUUUCAAUGUCAGUAUCCAGCAGCAAUGGGCAAAGCAAGAGGCCCACUAGCUCAUUGUCGAUUCAAGGUGGGAGACCACUUGUGCUGGUCGUCUCCGGCUCCUACCGAAUCCGCCUCUGACGCGGUGUUGUUUGCUCACGGCUUUGCCAAAUAAAUACCGCCCUUCUCUCAAUGGCCACAUCGACUGUCUUCCGAGGGACCACAUUUGAGAAUCGUUCCCUCACCAUCCUUAAAAAUGUCUUUGGCAUGGCCCUUCGACGCGUUGGUGGCAAGAAUGAUGGCGGUGUCGACCUUGUAGGCUGGUGGGGCCUUCCAACAGCGACUCCAGGGACGUCUUCAAACAGACUGCGCGUCGUCGCCCAGUGCAAGGCAGAAAAGAAGAAAUUCUCUCCGCGAUAUGUGCGAGAAAUGGAAGGUGUCGCGUGGAGAUACGGGUCAAUACCUCCAGAGGACUCCGAGUCUGCACCUCCAAUACCAUUCCCGGACGAUGAUCAAAAUACAGGUCCACUCAUCGCCCUCCUCCUCUCUGAGAGCACAUUCACCAAAGCGACUCUUCUUCGUGCCCAGUCUUCUCCCGUUCCGUUUAUGCUCGCUCAUAUACUCAAUGAAGAUGAGAUGCAGGACAUGGAUGCACCCAUUGCUGGUAUCACAUGGAAUAUCGCACUGCGUAAUCUGAUGCAAGGAUACGAGCUUCGGUGGGAGGUCGGUGGCUUGGAACCAGAGGGCACCGACAGACCGAGUUUGUGGCAUGAGGGCCAAAGAAUUGUCGUUGAAGCUGCUCAAAGCUGAGAAACGGUCGUUCAGAUACUUCCGCUGCUUACAGGCAUUAUAUUCCUACAUACGACCAUCGUCAUACCGUCUUGCAUCUUUUGCUAUUCACAGCGCGCGAUAUCAGAGUCAAGUGCUAUAUCUGUCGCACGGUGUAUUUGGAACGCUUUUCUUGGACUCUGAUAUCAGAGCAUUUGUCAGACCGUAUCUUAUGUACGCGUUCCUUAUCUUGUGGCCCUUCUUCUGACACUACAACAGGUUUAAGGAUAAUUCAUACUGUGUAAAGCGAUUGGAUUGGCGACUAUAAU